GGUCUAGUGAUCUCUUGAGUUAAGUUCACGAUCUCUAAGCUCGUCUAUCGGCCUUCGCCGAUUCAAGGUCUCUCACACACAGCCACAGCCUGCCUCCGAGUCAGAAUCCGAAUCCGAACUCGAAUCCCAGUCCACUCGGGCCUGGUGGACCAACGGUGUUCAACAUGGGUCAGCCGGGUGGUGGUAAUCUUCAGCAACCGCAAUCUCGACAACCUGGAUCUUCGGGAGUACAGCCCGGCGUUGGCGUUUCUCAACAACAGCCACACACCUAUCCCCUUUCGCAACAACAACCUUUGUCUCUUGGACCUCCCCCUCCCGUACCUCAGCUUCAGCGGAUGCAUCAGUUGAUUCACAUGACUCCUGAACGACUCAUGACGAAGCUCAAUUUCACGCAACAACAAGUUCAGGACUUCUUUAUAAACAAGAGGCCGCAGGUCGUUGUUGAUUAUUCGAGGGCGGUAGCUCAGUAUUUUGCAUUGUCAAAGGAUAGGAUGAUGAGCGGUGGAGCGGAUACUUCUGGCACGCCGGCGGCUGCUGAGACUCCUGAGACUGCUGAUGCCCAACAACAGCAGGCCUCGGCUCAAGCUCUUCAGCAGCAGCCACCCCAGCAGCAACCUGCUCCAUCUCAAGACGUUCAGCGACAAGUUCAGGCUUACCCUCACCCAGGUCAAGGUUCCCAACAGUCCCCUCAGCAACCGCCUCUGCCACCAUCGCAAUUGCAGCCGCAUCAACAGGGGUCACAAUCCGGUCAGAUACCACCGAAUCGUGGACAGAUGCCGACGCCCAUGCAGCAACCUCAGCCUCUUCGGACUCCCACUCCGGCUCAGCUGCCUCACACUUAUUCCGUUCAGACUCAAUCCCAGAUGCAACAACUCCAACCUCAAGCACAAAACCAACUGCUGCCGUCUCAAACCCUUGUGAAUCGUGGUCCAGGUCAAGGCGCAAUAUCGAGACCUGCGAAUUCCCUUGGGAAUGUGAGUGCUGCUAUGACGCAGUCUGCUGUGCAUCAAGCUUUAGGCGUGGCACGUGUGCAGAAGAGGGCAGAGAUGGCCAGGCAGAUUAAAUAUCAUUUGAAGACUCAGGGUUUUCGUCAGCGAGUUCGGCCCACCGUUCAUGUGGAUGAGGGUCAGCGAGAAGUGUUUAAUCAGGAAUUUUUCUCGUUGCUUCGUGAUAUCGUGGCGCUAGAAGCAAAUCUCGAAAGGUACUUCGCUUUGACCGAAGUUGAGCCUUCAUUUAUCAGCGACAUCAUGCAUAUCUGGCAAGCGGCCAAAUUGCAGCAUGAAGCUUUGUCGCAAAUGAGCAGUAUCAAGCCCCUGGCAUAUGUUAUGGACCUGAACGAGCUACGGACGUAUCGACAGACUAUUAAGCCCCAUAUUGAUAAUAUCAUAAUCCUCGCCAACCAGAGUGCUCGACACCAGCAGCAGCAGCAGCAGCAGCAACAACAACAACAAGAACCACAGCAGCAACAGCAGCAACAGCAACAGCAACCACCGUCGCAGCCUGAAAUUCCGACCGGGUCCCAACAGCCCCCACCCCCUCAACCGCCCCUUUCGCAGCACCCAACCUGGCUGUCCGAACUCCUCAAUGAGCUUUCUCAAAUCCACAACCGUGAUCUCAGCGAUGAAGUCACUCAUGAUCAGGUUCUGAUGGGCCAAGGAAGUUUUGCACAGGUGUAUAAGGGGGUCUGUGGGGAGCAAGAAGUGUGUGUCAAAGCCCUAAGAGAAGUUCGCACGUCAGAUGGCAUGAAGGUCAUAACUAAGUUUUGUCGAAGGAUGAUGCGCGAAGUCAAGGUCUGGUCGGCGCUAGACCAUCCAAACGUGGUGGCAUUCCAUGGGUGGAUCGUGGAAUGUAAGCAAGAGCACAAUAUAACACGCGCGAAACUGGUAUCCGCUUGGUGUCCGAGAGGGAAUGUAUUGCAGUACUUGCAAAAGGAGCCGAAUGCCAACCGUCGUCGACUGAUCAUUGACGUGUCAGAAGGCAUAAUGUAUCUCCAUUCAAAGGACAUAGUCCAUGGUGAUAUCAAGCCGAAUAACGUUGUCAUUGGUAGCGAGGGAAAUGCUAUGAUUUGUGACUUCGGACUAUCGUCCAUCAUUUUGGAUCUCUCUACGUACGCUGAAGGGUCAAGUACCGUCGGUACAAUGCGGUUUGCAUCACCCGAGGUGCUCGACGGUCGAAUAUCAACUCGCAACAAAGGAAGCGAUGUCUGGGCUUUUGGCUGCACAUCUGGGGAGAUACUUUUUGACAUGAAGCCAUAUCAUGCAUGCGAGACCGACUUCAUAGUUGCGCGCGCCGCACGUAAUGGACUCCCUCCUUUUGAAUGGAAGGACCCUGAUGAAUUCCUUGCCAACAUUGAAAGGUGCCUCAGGUGCGAUCCCGCGGAGCGUUCAACCAUUGAGGAAGUGGUUCAGGGUUUCAAGG